AUGGCAGGAGUACCAAAGGAAUACAAGUUAGUCGUUGUCGGUGGUGGUGGCGUCGGCAAAUCUGCCCUUACGAUUCAAUUCAUUCAAUCACACUUCGUAGAUGAAUACGAUCCAACGAUUGAGGAUAGCUACAGGAAGCAAUGCCAAAUAGACGCAGAGCCAGCUCUACUUGACGUGUUGGACACUGCUGGCCAAGAGGAGUACUCUGCUAUGAGAGAGCAGUACAUGCGUACAGGUGAAGGAUUUUUACUAGUCUACUCAAUUACAAGUCGAAACAGUUUUGAAGAAAUUGAGACCUUCCAUCAGCAAAUACUCCGCGUAAAGGAUAAGGACUUCUUCCCUAUGGUCCUCGUUGCUAAUAAAGCAGAUUUGGAAUUUGAGCGUCAAGUUGGCUCUAAUGAAGGUCGCCAAUUGGCUAAAAACUUUGGUUGCAGAUUUAUUGAAACUUCUGCGAAACAGCGCAUUAACGUCGAUGACGCAUUUUACAAUCUCGUUAGAGAGAUUAGAUUAUAUCAUAGGGAUCAAACUGGUGUAAAGAAUCCAACUACACCUAACCAGAUGGAAAGUAUGCAACAUGACAACGGUAAACCAAAAGAAGCUGGUUGUUGUGGUGGAUGCGUUGUACUUUAA